AUGGAUUAUUUCAGGACACUGACCUUACUACCAAAACUAUACCACAACACAAGGAAAGAGAACGAGAAAGAAGGGACCUGGUGCAUUGUGGGACAGUUAUUACCGGCCAGCGGUAGUUUUCGUGGACAUAGAAUUUUACGAGAAAUUUAAGAUCACAUGUGAUUUUGUUGUAAAUAUUCUUUGAGUCAUAGCUUUUUAUAUUGUAGUAUGUCUGGACAGAAAGUUAAGAAAGACUCAAAAGAUCUUGCCGCAGCAAAUGGAUCAGUUUCCGCUACUUUGAAAAAAGCUUUAAUGUCAAAUUCUACUUGGGAGGACAAGGUAGGCUUAAGCAUGCACGCGAGCGAGAGUUCUCGAACGAACUAAUUCUGAUAGGAGUUUGAUUUGUCGUUUUAAAAGAUUUAUGACGGCCGUAAAGGUCAGCUUGUAAGACUAGCUUAUCUGCCUGAGGCUCGUUAACACCUUUUUUGAUAAUAUGCUAAUGAUCGUAGAUUCUCGUUGUUAGUUAAACAGCAUUCGUAUUGUAUAAUAGUCAUCAAAUAAUUAAUUUUACUUAAAAGCAGGAAACCACAAGUCUGGGAAGAUCUGUCGUUUGUUACGACCAGAACAGAUCUCUCUUUCUAUGUAAAUGGAUAGGAGAUCUGCAAUUCCACACACAGUGUGUCCAGUCACUUAGUCGUAGGUAAUUUUUUUGCUUGGAGAUCCCUUUGCAGAUAGGAGGUGGGGGAGAAUUGUGAACACAGUUGAAAUCCCUAAUCGACGGCACUUUCCCACCUAACGAUUUAUCAAAUCAUACGCUAUUUCCUAUUUGCUAUUAUACAAUAAUCUACCUUAAGUAAAUCUUUUCCUACGUUUCACUGACUCACGGACCUUUAGGAUGAGGUCUUUGUGACUAAUUUUAAAACAAAAAUGAUCACAUGGCUACAAGGCAGGAGCCCAGCCUGGCUUUAGUAGUGUACAGCACCUGGGGAGAGGGCUUCGAGGGGAGGGAGAGAGGGCUGGGGAUACAUGGUGUGGAUCAUUUGGCUGCUCAAGACCUGUUUCCAGUUGAGGCAAUUCUUCAGCCAAUCAGAAACAUUAUCCAGAUGUGGGUAGUGCCGUGUCUCAUCAGUGUUGAAUUUCUGCACUCAUUCCUCAGACAUCAUUUCACGGGGAACCACCUUGGUGGCAUCACUAAAUGUCAGCUGUUUUCUCGGGCUAAUACCAACCUUGCUGUCAGCCUACUUUCUCGUUUUCUAAGAAGCCUGGGAACAAGAUUAUGUUGCAGAUGAUGUCAUACAUGUAUUUUCAGUGUCACUCAUAAUCAAUUUACAGUCUACAAUCUGCCGUCUAUACUUUGCAAAUGUCACGUGCAUAGAAUAUUGCACUCAGAGAUUCAAGUUCUUUGUGGCAACUGUUGAUUACUUGUUUCUCUUUUUUUACUAGGAUGAAUUUCUUGAUGUAAUUUACUGGUUUAGACAAGUUUUAGCAAUUUUGUUAGGCAUCAUUUGGGGUAUUCUUCCACUGAAAGGAAUCCUUGCUAUUGGACUGUAAGUAUUCCACAUGCUGUAUAUGCUUUGCAUUUAUAGGCCUUCACGGUUGCAGAAACCUUGCUUUUGUUAGCAUGUCCAUAUGAACAACCUGUCUUGUGACAAUGAGUUAAAUGUCCUUAUCAUAGUCAUAUAAUAUAGGUUUUUGAGAUACCUGUAGCUUAUCAGCAGUGUGCAUGUGUCUAUAAUUUUAUUGAUAACAGGUCAGGCUGGAAAAUAGGAUUUCCAGGUACACAGUCAACUGUUUAUGCAUACUUGCUUGGCCCAUUCGUGCCAGUGAACUUAAAAACAACUUGCCCAAGAGAUAACAAAAAAGGACCAUUUUUCAAGCCCUGUUGCACCCAUAUUUUAACUUUCUUACAAACUGUACAGGUUUCCUUGCAGUCAUAUCAGUUAUUCUUGUAACUUUAUUACAAUUAUCCUUGAAUUUCUGUUUACAGGUUUGCUUUGCUAAAUGCUGGUAUUCUAUACAUUUACUUCACAAACUUCCAAAAGAUUGAUGAAGAAGAGUAUGGUGGCCCUUGGGAACUUACGAAAGAAGGUUUUAUGACAUCAUUUGCAUUAUUUUUGGUAGGUAUAUUAGAAACCAAGGGGGUAGCUACCAAAUAUUUUUAUGACAUUUGUAUUUUCUUCAAAGUGGGUGGGGGGGGGAUGCAAAUUCAAGGCAGGCAUUUGUUUAAAGGGGACAUUUAUUUCAUUCUUCAGAAUUUCAACCAUGUGAUGUCCUUGAAUUGGUCAUUCUCUAAUGAUUUUACAUGUUAUUAUAGUAUAUUCAAUGAAGAUAAACAUAAAUUUGUAUCUUAUACUUUGUGAGGUGGAAGGGGACACACACACACAAGCAUUUCUCUCCUGGCUCUCUCUCCCUCCCUUCCCCCUUAUUUUUUCCCCAUUCUUUGCCUUCACACUGCCCUGCACUAUCUGAACAGGCUAAUCCUGUGUAAGCAUGCAAAAUGCAAAAGAAAUCUAGACACAAAUUUUAUGUGUUAUAAUAAUUAGUGUUCUUACCAGGAUUCAUACACUGGGGUCCACAAGACCCAUAUAGAGAAUCUAAAAGAGGGUCAUAAGGGAGAAAAGCGAGUCACAAUUUUUAGAUACAGUUAACUCAAUGUUUUUACAGGUCUGAGUAUUAGAUAAUGAUGGGUGUUUUCUAAAGAUGCCAUAACCAAUUAGAUUUUGGUUUAUAUGAUUAGGAAAUGUAUGUAUGUGUGCAUAUGGCUAUGUACGUUUUGUAAUAGGUUUUUUUUCCUUCUUUGCACCCUUGGGACCCCUUGGGCUAAUUAUAUACAUAAAAGUGUGGCAUUUCCUGAAAAAUUGUGAAUGUGCCGCAAUGCCACGGUCUAGUAAGAACACUGGUUACUGCUUAACUCAGAUUCAGAUCUUGAAGAAAGUGGGGGCCAGCUAAUCUAGACCAUAAGUGAAGAAGGGGACCCAAACUUACAAAUAUUCUUUUCUUGGCAUUAUACGCUUCAGUUUGGCCCAAAAAAUAAGGUGGGUGCAUAGUCCUCCUAGGCCCCCGUCCUAGAUCUGGACACCACCAAGGACACCUCCUGCUCCAGUGGUACUCUUAAAGGCGUGCAAGGGAAAAGUGAGGUAGCCUUCCCCCCUCCCCCCCACCCCCACCUAGUUUAAGAAAUUGUGACAUUUUGGGGAGCGAAAUGUUUAGGAUUUUGGCAAUAGCCCUUGAAAGAAAGUUUAAUGAAAGAGGCAAUAUUUCCUGGUUCCCAUAAGUUACCAGCAUUUCAGGACAUUUCGAGUGAAAAAAGACAUUGACCGGUACUUACUUCAAAUGUAAGGCUACAAAAAUUCUACUUUUCCUAAUCUUCCUCUGUAAUAAAAUCAAAGAUGGCGGGUACAACAACACAAACAUACCAAGCUUUCACCUGCCUAAAAUACGCCUGCACUGCAGGCUAGCAGGCUUGGAAUGUAACACAAAGGUUGUGUUGAUUCUUAGCCUGUGUCAGGCUCUUAGAUACAUUUAGUAAAGACAUCGCAAAAAUAAAACAAGCUACGCGAAAAUAUGAUAGGACACACUGAUCUGGAGAAGGGAGUGGUGCCAGGGAAAAUAUGGGAGUAGAGACCAUUCUCUCUUUCCUCAUCCCCACACUUUUUUUUGCGCAUCACUUUUUCAUUAUACGACUGACGCUACUAUCAGUCUGUCUGGUAGUGACACAACUACCUGAUGCUUAGUACAGCCAUCAUACCAGGGAGACUGAAUAUCUUUGUCAUCAUAAUACAAUGUAGCACCCAAUCCAUGUUGAUGGCAGUAGAGGUGUAGCCCAGGGGUAGUUCAAUAUAUGGGGUAUGUGCCACCAGAUAGGAUACGUUUUUUGAGGGUCUUGAUCCUUAAUUAGGUGUCAUCAUUUUUGCUCUUGUCGGCAUUCUGUUGUUCCCUUUGUGAUCCUUAGUUAGGGUACCUAAAUUGUGCCAGCUAAAAUUCAAGUGCUUAAAUACCCAGCUACAUGAGAUGCAAUUAAUAAUCUGGCAAAAUUGAGCUAUGCCUUAGUGUAUUUGGAAAUCGAUUUAAUGAAUGAAGGUUUAUGUGUUGCCAUUGAUUGAAUUCUUAGUUUUUGUUUUUCCCUUGAAUAGGGUGUCAUUUUCUGCAUUUGACCAGCCCCCCCCCCCCCUCCUUCUCCUUGGAGUCGUAGUAGAACGUUUGACAUGAUAAUUGGCAUUUUCGACAACAUUACGGCAGGAAUAACGUCUUCUUUUAACAGCUUUCCACUACUUCAAAUCUGUUACAUCGUUCACAAACUAUACAAGGUUUUGAACACGAUGUAAUUAGUUUAAAUUAAUUCUUUUUUUUUAUUAAUAUCUAUAUCUUUGUAAAAUAAUUUCGCAAUUCGCUUAUUUCUAAGCGAGACGAUUUUAUUAAUAAACCAGACUUACUUACGUUUUAAAACAAUUAUUUAUAGAGUUCUUUUGGCAUUGUUUAGAUUUUGGCGAGAAAGAGAAGUAGAUAGUUGCCGGCUUUGAAUAAUUAAAUUGCAUUUUUUUAUUCCUUUCCUAGGUUGUCUGGAUUAUAUUUUAUUCUGCCAUACACUAUCCAUGA